CUCCGCGUGGCCAAACGCCCUUGGCAGCCCGCCGAGGAUGACCGCCUCCUUGAGCUCGUGCAGCGGUUUGGUCCGCACCGGUGGGGCAAAAUCGCGUCCCACCUCCCUGGCAGGAUUGGCAAGCAAUGCCGCGAAAGGUGGCACAACCAGCUCUGUCCGAGGGUGAACAAGGAUGAAUGGACCGUGGAGGAGGAUGCGCUGAUCUUGCACCUUGUGCAGGAGAUGGGCACCAAGUGGUCCAAGAUGACGACGCUGUUGCCCGGCCGUACGGACAAUGCCAUCAAGAAUAGAUGGAAUGCGAGGAUGCGUCGCGAG